AUAUUUGAUCACUAUUUGUGCUGCGUACCGGUACCACACAGUGGAACAAAUGCUGCAUUGUCUGCAGCAGUUAUCAUUAACAGCAAAAACUAAGGACUCACCUCAAGCUUUGGAAGGUGGUUUAGUUGAUGAUAAUACUUCAAUUGAUCGAUCUUCACCUACUGUCAACCUGUCACAAGCAUAUACACUUGCUGUUCAAGCUUCUUGCAACAAAGAGAUCUGGUCCAAGCUGCACCACGAAGUCCCCCCAGCCCUGAAUGUGGAGGAGGUAGCACAAAUUGAGUUCCAGGAGGAACCCCUGGAACUCAAAGAUGUCCUUGAACCGAGCCGUGAGCAUGUCCAAGAGAAAAUUUCGCGUAUAAAACAAGACGCCAUAAACCAACUUAUUGCUAAGUACUUUGACAAUAGUGAGCAAACUGCUCGUCUCUGUAUCCGUAUCUCUCAAAAUGUGAACAAAGCUCGACUCUUAUAUGCCCCCGUUCAUAAAAUUCUCGAUGUCCUUCCCCCGGACUCGGAUUCCCUUUCGCAAGCUCAGUAUGAUUUGGCGUUUGACAUCUUCCUCCAGUUCGACAGCCUCGCCAAUCACUUUCCUCGACGUGACACCUAUAACUUCAAUGAUAUGCUUGAUUGCUCCUUCCAGCUAAAGAACCAGCUCGAACUUCGUCUACACAAGUCACGUUCAAAAGUCAAACUUCUCCGCCGUGCCACCAGAGGCUCAGCCUUAUGUCUUGUUGCAGCUACCGUUGGAGCGGUCAUAUCAGCUGUUGUUAUAGCUACUCAUGGUCUUGCCGCUCUUGUUGCCAUCACAAUAAGCCCCGCUUGCCUCCUCCCUUCAAAUAUGGAAAAAAAAGAAGUAGAUCUCAUGCAACUGGAUUAUGCAACAAAAGGGAUUUUUUUCCUCCACAAUCACUUAAAUACUGUAAAAAUCCUAGUGGGCUUGUUACAUGACGCGGUGGAGUCCUACAAUGGUACUAUUCGCUUUGGGCUAGUGCGUGGAAGAGAUCGGUAUCACAUUCGGGAGGCACUGAAGCAACUUCGUAGGAAACAUAGUGCUUUCCUUGAGGAGCUUGUGAGUCUUGAGGAACAUCUGUGUGUGUGUUUUACUGCAAUAAGUACGGCUAGAGACCAUCUUCUUAAUUAUCUCCGUCAUCAAAAUCAGGCUCCUCGAUAAUCUGUUCUUGAUUACUAUCUUAUACUGCUUGCAGCUUUCAGCUCAGUAAAGAAACAAGGAUUUUUUUUCCAAACUCAUCAGAAGUGUUGUUAGCGCGCUUCCAGCAAGAAGAAACCAUCUUUAGAAGCUUGUGAUGUCUUGAUCAGUGAUCACCAUUCACCCCUAAAGCUAGUAGCUUAAAAUAGCCAAUCGGU